AUGACUGACAUGAGCGUAUUGUAUUACUUCUUGGGAAUAGAGGUAAAGCAAGAGCAAAAGAGGAUCUCAAUUUCCCAACACAGUUACGCUAAGGAACUGCUUAAACGCUUUAACAUGGUGGGUUCUUCACAUGUCUCUACCCCAAUGGAGUUUGGAUCAAAAUUCUUAAAAAAUACUUCAGAAGAUGAUGUGAAUCCAAGUCUAUAUAGGAGUCUGGUAGGCAGCCUUAUGUAUUUAACUGCAACAAGACCCAACAUCAUGUUUUCUAUGAGUGUUAUUAGUCGCUUCAUGGAGAAUCCCAAGAAAAGUCAUUGGGAAGCUGGUAAGCAUAUAUUGCGUUGCAUAAAUGGUACUCUCAAUCAUGGGCUUAUCUAUACUAGAACUGAAGAUGCAAAUUUGAGAGGUUUUAGGGACUGUGAUUAUGGUCGGUGUAUAUAUGAUAGUAAAAGCACCACAGGCUAUGUUUCUGACCUUGUCUCUAGAGCCAUAUCAUGGAAAAAAAAGAAUCCAAAUGUGGUUGCCUUAUCUUCUGUUGAGGCAAAGUACAUUUCACUUUCAAUGGUCGGCUGCCAAGCCUUGUGGCUCAGCGGUAUUUUAGUCACAUUGGGAAAAUACCAAAUCAAUGCAUCAAAGCUUUUAUGUGAUAACAAAUAUGCCGUAGCUUUGUCAAAAAAACCCGUGCUCCAUGGUAAAAGUAAGCAUAUUCGGAUUAAAUAUCACUUUCGUGAACUUCUUGCAAACAAAGAUGUUGAAGUUUGUUUUUUGUGA